AGGUGACAACUGUUAUUCAUGCGUUAGGCUGGUAAAUAUGAUCACCGCUCCACUAAUCCAAAAGGCAGCGGGCAAUUUGCUCUGCGUUGGUUACGUCAGCGCGUCUUUGGUCUCUCCUCUGCUCGGUCUGGAGCUCGCAGCGCGCAUCACAGCCGUGCCAGUGCGGAGAGUUUGUCUGUCAACUCCGUGAAGUAUAAGCGAGAGUGGCACCACGCAAAAUCCGCCUCCGGUUAUCUGAGCUAAAAGGUUACGACACAUCCAUGCACUUUUUACAAUCCGAGCAAGAGUGAUAGCUACCACAUCCACCUGUUCCUUUUCCCCUUUAGUGCACGUUGUCUGCGCAGCUGCAGCGGUCCACCAUUGCCCCCAAAACCCACGACAGCGUUUUAACGCGAGGGUCCCUGGCGCUGCGGAGGAAGCGGCUGGUCGGUGCAGUGCUGGUUUUCGUCGUCAUGGUCCUGGUGCUGCUUGUUGCGAUUCCUCUACUGGUUCAGACCUUCACUAUUUCCGCGCACUACGAGAUGAUGGGCACCUGUCGCAUGAUCUGUGACCCGUACAGCCCGAAAGCGAGCGCAACGGCGCUGGAAGUCAUGCAGGACCUUGGCGCCAUCCCUCCGCCGCCUCCCCCGUCUUUCUCCCGUGGGAACAAGGGGGAACCCGGCCGCCCCGGGAAGCCUGGACCAAGAGGUCCUCCAGGUGAACCUGGUCCCCCCGGACCGAGAGGGCCACCUGGUGAGCGUGGAGAUUCGGGGAAAAUCGGCUUGACCGGGAGUGCACAGGGAACAGCUCGGACUGAAACGGGGGAAAUUGGCUCGGCGUUUGGGAGUGUCAAGAUCGCGUUUUACGUCGGUCUUAAAAACCCACAUGAGGGUUAUGAGGUGCUCCGUUUUGAUGAUGUGGUAACUAAUCUGGGCAAUCACUACGACCCGUCUACUGGCAAGUUCACAUGCCAGGUGUCUGGAAUUUACUUUUUCACUUAUCAUGUCCUGAUGCGCGGAGGAGACGGGACCAGCAUGUGGGCAGACCUUUGUAAAAACGGACAGGUCCGAGCGAGUGCCAUCGCCCAGGAUGCAGAUCAAAACUAUGACUACGCAAGCAACAGUGUAGUGCUGCAUCUGGACUCAGGGGAUGAGAUAUAUGUGAAACUGGAUGGUGGGAAAGCACAUGGUGGAAACAACAACAAAUACAGCACUUUUUCUGGCUUUAUACUGUACCCAGACUGACCUGCAGCACAACAAUAGACAUUGAAGUGAAUGAUCAUUUACCAAGUUGACAAACACAGGUUGAAGCCCUGUGCAAUCUAGUGCUUUAUUUCUGUGUAUCUGUGGGAAUAUGUUAUUUUAUUUACAGUCUGAACCAUAAAGUAUACAAUACAAGUAAGGAGUUAAUGUUGAUCUUUUUUUGCACACAACAAAAUUCCCAGUGUAUAAUUAACACCUUAAGCUUUUGUGCAAGUUCGUAUGAGACAAAAAACACUAGAAGAAUAAGGAUAGAUAAGAUAAUAGUGUAAAAAUAGCAAAAUGUGAAGAGUGUCUUUAAGUACACUGCGAAUAAAAUAAGACGUCAAAUGUGACACAAUUAAUAGGUCACUGACAUGGACACUACAGGACUACAGGACUACUAUGUGGCCUAUAGCUCUACCUCUAGUUAAUUUGUGUUACUUCCCUAAAAUAACUUAACCUUUGUCUUUUUUUUUUUUUUUUACAAAUCACAACUGAAAAAACUGCCAGAUAAGGUUAUUUUACUGUUUCUGGCAAUUGCUAUUGAUGGCUAGUUUAAUAUUGGAUUUAAUGAGACGAAUGUAUGUUUUACAAAUUACCUAUAGCCACAGCAGAGUUAUAGUCUGUAUACAAUAGGUUAUUUAACACAUUAUAAAGUACCAGUCCCGAAAAUAAUUUCUUGAUCGAGUUUUAAACUCUAAAGCACAUUUAAAGUGCCAUUCUGUUUUGAAUACAGCUUUAUUGUAGAACUUGCUAAAAUUAUUUACAGUGUUGGGUUAAAAAGCCGUCAAUUGAACUCAUGUAUGAAUUUAAAAUAUGAGUUACAUUCUCUUUUCUUUUCCUAGCAGGCACCCAACAGUCAAAAGCAGUUUCUGACACAAUAAAAGAGAAAACUCCAAGGCCUUCAGGUGAAGAAAAAAUAUGUAAUGUAAAACAUGUUCAGUAUCAUGGCAAAAUUAUUAAAAAUACAAGCACCUACACUUUUCAGCCAUUGUAUCAGGUCGUUGUAGUUUUAAUGAUAUUGUCCUAAUAAUAAAUGCAUUUUAUAUAUUUUUUUAUUUUACCUGAGUGUCUUGGAUUGUUCUCUUUUAUUGUGUCAGGAACCAGUGAUAUCCCUACAGCUAGUGGUAAAUGUAAAGAUUAUAAACAUUUAUAUGAUUCUCUCAAAAAUUCUACCCUGACUGUCUAUCCACAUCUGAAUGCAAAUACACGGCAAACUUUUCACUGAUUACCAUUAAAGCAUACCUACUCGGAGCUUUUCUGGACUCAUAAAUUAAUUUAUAAUCCAAUAUAAGGACUCAAGGGCACACUUUCUAUGCUCUGUAAUUGGGAAGAUUUUUGUUCAGCACUGGGCUUUUUGUGGUGUAACCUGUUUGACUGUAUCUUGUGUGUAUCAAACAUGUAUUUGAACUAUAUGUCAAAUAAAGAUUAUGAGGACAAUAUAUGUCAAAUAAAGAUUAUGCGGACAGUAUCUGAAUUAUUAGUGUAUGUCUUGGAUGUUGAUGAAUUACUAGUCAUGUAUUAUGUUUUUGUGCUGUAGCACAAUUUAUAUACUGCACUGUUAAUA